UAAUGUCACUGAGCGCGUGACCGCACCACCCCGCGCUAAUCUUCUUCCGCGCCACGGCGGGCGCCGGGUAUAUAUGCUCCGCGGCCUGCUCAUCCAACCAAACUCCACCGCUCCACUCUCCAGCAUCCAUCUCUCCCAAGUCUCAGCGCAGCAGCUAAUAAAACACGCUGCUUACUCCACAGUCGACCGGCUCCCGGCGACACUGCGAUCGAUCGAUGGACGCCGCAGACGCCGCCUCCCCGUGUGAUGGGCACAGGACGGUGUGGUCGGAGCCGCCGAAGCGGCCUGCCGGCCGGACCAAGUUCAAGGAGACGCGCCACCCGCUGUACCGCGGCGUGCGGCGCCGGGGCCCCGCAGGCCGGUGGGUGUGCGAGGUGCGCGUGCUCGGGAUGAGGGGCUCCAGGCUCUGGCUCGGCACCUUCACCACCGCCGAGAUGGCAGCGCGCGCGCACGACGCCGCCGUUCUCGCGCUCUCUGGCCGCGCCGCCUGUCUGAACUUCGCCGACUCUGCUUGGCGGAUGCUCCCCCUCCUCGCCGGCCCGUUCAGCACCGCUAAGGAGAUCAAGGAUGCCGUCGCCGUCGCCGUCCUGGCGUUCCAAAGACAGCACCCGGUCGCGUCCACGGCGCCAAUGUCCCCGGCACGGACAGCCGUUGACGAGAAGGAAGUCGAUGGCUCGCCGGCGCCGAGCGCUCUGUUCAUGUCCAGCGAGCUGUUGAAUGAGCACUGGUUUGGCGGCAUGGAUGCCGGAUCAUGCUACUCGGAGGGCAUGUUCAUAGAGUCGCCGGAUACCAGACCGUGGCGGGAAGACCUCGAGCUCGGUGGCGUCCAGACACCGCCAUGGAGCUACUUGUUCGACUAAGCAGUUAAAGUAUUUGGAUGGGUUUUCUGCUUCUGUUCCACCAAAUAUGGGAGGAAACAGAGGGGAAAUUUUUUCCCAUAUGUCCAUACCUGCUCGUUCAUUGUGAAAGCCUCUGCUGUCUAUUUUCUGGGAGGCUGCAUUUGUACUUGAUUUUUUUCCUUUCUAGGACAUCACUUUGAGUGCUUUUA